AUGAAUAAUAAUAUUGAAUAAAAGAGUUAAAUUUAAAUUCUCUAGUUUUUUGAAUAUUAAAAUUCAGUCCAAAAUGAGAUUGAAAAAUCUAAAAAGAUUUUACAAACUUUGAUAGAUUUAAAAAAGAAAUUGUACAAUGAUAAAAUCCUUCAAUAAAGAGAGAUUCAAAUGUAGCAUCAAUAAUAAAUUGAAUAAUACAAAAAAGUAGUUGAAGAACAACAAUAGAAAUUGAAAUCAAAAGUAAAUAAAGAGAAUAUUUAAAUCUAACUGGGUUAAGUAGUCUCAUAUCAAUAAGAAUAAAAUCAAAAAAUUGAAUCUCUAAUUGAAUAAUCAUGCAACGAAAAUUCAAAUUAUAUAAAAUUAUAAGAGAAACUGAUAAGUAUGAAUAGUUAAUAACAAUUUAUUAGAAUAAUAAAAUGAUAUCAAUUAAUUGAAAGAGGAAAGGGAAAUGAAAGAGAAAUUGAUUAGUUAAUUGUAACAAAUAACAGGAGUAUAUUUAGAAUAUGACCAUCAUCAAAAGAUUAUUGAUAUUUAGAUGGAAUACAAUUCGAAUGUUCAUAUUUAAAUAAAAUUAGAAGAGAAAUUAAGAAGUAAAUAUUUGAAAUUAUCAAUUUAGUUCAUACUAUAAAUCCUAAGAAUGAGCAUUUUUACUAAUUAAUUAAAGAGUUUAAUUAAGACAAUUAAUUAGAUAAACUUAUAUAAAGAAUUUAAUCAUUUAAUUGA